GAGGACUGGCCAGGCCUGUGUGCUCAGCAAUGGCAUCUGCUUGGUGGCCCUGCCUCGCACUGGCUUUGUUCUCCAGCUUGGCAGCCUCUUUCGGUCCAAGAAGAAUCCCCCGGCUAGGGAAACGGAGCCUCCCAGAAGGGUUGGUCGAUGGCAUUGAGGUCUACAGUACCAAGAUCAACAGCAAGGUGACCUCCCGCUUUGCUCACAACGUCAUCACCACGAGGGCUGUCAACCAUGCAGAGGAGGCCAAGGAAAUUUUCUUUGACGCGGAGCUGCCCAAGACAGGCUUCAUCACCAACUUCACCUUGACCAUCGAUGGUGUCACCUACCCUGGGAACAUCAAGGAGAAGGAAGUCGCCAAGAAGCAGUAUGAAAAGGCUGUGUCCCAAGGCAAGACAGCUGGCUUGGUCAAGGCCUCCGGGAGGAAGUUGGAGAAAUUCACAGUCUCUGUCAACGUGGCUGCGGGCAGUAAGGUCACCUUUGAGCUAACUUACGAGGAGCUGCUAAAGAGGAACAAGGGCAAGUAUGAGAUGUACCUCAAGAUCCAGCCCAAGCAACUGGUCAAACACUUCGAGAUCGAUGUGCACAUCUUUGAGCCCCAGGGCAUCAGCACACUGGAUGCUGAGGCUUCGUUCAUCACCAACGACCUCCUGGGCAGCGCCCUCACCAAGUCCUUCUCAGGGCAAAAGGGCCAUGUGUCCUUCAAGCCCAGCUUGGAUCAACAGCGCUCGUGCCCAACCUGUACAGACUCCCUCCUCAAUGGGGACUUCACUGUCACUUACGAUGUGAACAGAGAAUCUCCAGGCGAUGUGCAGAUAGUCAAUGGUUAUUUCGUGCACUUCUUCGCACCUCAAGGCCUUCCAGUGGUGCCAAAGAAUGUGGUCUUUGUGAUUGAUGUCAGCGGCUCCAUGUCUGGUCGGAAAAUACAGCAGACAAGGGAUGCCCUUCUCAAAAUUCUGGAGGACGUGAAAAAGGAUGACUACCUGAAUUUCAUCCUGUUCUCUGGGUAUGUGACCACUUGGAAGGAUCAACUAGUUCAAGCCACCCCUGAGAACCUCCAGGAGGCCAAGACAUUUGUGAAGAGCAUUCGUGACCAAGGAUCAACCAAUAUCAAUGACGCACUGCUGAGGGCCAUCCAUAUGCUGAACAAGGCCCAGGAGGAGCACAGAGUCCCUGAGAGGAGCACCUCCAUCAUCAUCAUGCUGACCGAUGGGGACGCCAAUACUGGUGAGAGCAGACCCGAAAAGAUCCGAGAAAAUGUGCGGAACGCCAUCGAAGGCAAGUUCUCCUUGUAUAACCUGGGCUUCGGCAGGAAUCUGGAUUACAGUUUCUUGGAGAGUAUGGCUCUGGAGAAUCAAGGACUCGCCCGGCGCAUUUAUGAAGACUCGGAUGCUGACCUGCAGUUGCAGGGCUUCUACGAGGAGGUGGCUAACCCGCUGCUGACCAGCGUGAAGGUGGAAUACCCCGACAACGCCAUCCAGGACCUCACCCAGAACAGUUACCAGCACUUCUACGAUGGCUCUGAGAUUGUGGUGGCCGGGCGCCUGGUGGACGAGGACAUGAACAACUUUAAGGCAGACGUGAAGGGCCACGGGGCCCUCAGUGAUCUGGUCUACACAAAGGAGGUAGAUGUAAAGGAGGCAGAGAAGGCCCUGAAGGAGCAAGACUAUAUUUUUGGGAACUUCAUUGAGCGUCUCUGGGCCUACCUCACCAUCGAGCAGCUCCUGGAGAAACGCAAGAACGCUCAGAGCGAGGAGAAGGAGAACCUCACAGCCCAGGCCCUGGACCUGUCCCUCAAGUACCACUUUGUGACUCCACUGACUUCCAUGGUGGUGACCAAGCCAGAGGACAAUGAGAACCAGAUGGCCUUCGCUGACAAGCCUGGGGAAGAUGCAGAGGGUAAGCCCAGCCAGCAUCCAGCCAGAUCUGCGACCCCCUCCACGGCCUACCAAGUCAGAUACCAGCCUCCUCAAAACCCCUACUACUACGUGGAUGGGGACCCCCACUUCAUCAUCCAAGUCCCAGAAAAAGAUGAUGCCAUCUGCUUCAACAUUGAUGAAGACCCAGGCACGGUGCUGAGCCUCAUUCAGGACCCGGUCACAGGUCUCUCUGUUAAUGGGCAGAUCAUUGGAGAUAAGAGAGACAGCUCCAACUCCAACACCAGAAAGACUUACUUUGGGAAACUGGGCAUUACCAAUGCUCAGAUGGACUUCCGGAUUGAGGUGACAACAGAGAAGAUCACCCUGUGGAAUGGGGUUGUGCCGACCACUUUGAGCUGGCUGGACACAGUCACAGUCACACAGGAUGGGCUGUCUGUGACAAUCAAUAGGAAGAAGAACAUGGUGAUUUCCUUUGGACGCGGGGUUACCUUUGUGGUUGUGCUGCACCGGGUGUGGAAGAAACAUGACUUUCUAGGCUUCUAUGUGGUAGACAGUCACCGGAUGUCAGCACAGACACAUGGCCUGCUGGGUCAAUUCUUCCACCCCUUUGACUUUGAGGUGUCCGACGUCCACCCAGGCUCUGACCCCACAAAGCCAGAUGCCAUAAUGGUGGUGAAGAACCAUCAGCUGACUGUCACAAGGGGCUCCCAGAAAGAUUACAGGAAGGACACCAGCGUGGGCAUGAAGGUCAACUGUUGGUUUGUCCACAACAAUGGAGAAGGGCUGAUUGACGGUGUCCACACUGACUAUAUAGUUUCCAACCUGCUCUGAGUAAACAUGCCAGCUUCUGUUGGGCACAGAACAGGGCCUGUGGGUGUGGUAUGGACAAUAAAGCCUGCUGUGGGAACAGACA